AUGUGGAGAGGAAGUUUUGGUCUCAUGAGGCGGCCACGUGAAGGCGGUCCAGCCAACAACUCCAGCCCUAGUCCCCACUGGCCAGCCGACCUGAGAGCUGACAGAUCCUCCACAGGCAGCCUGGAGUCACCCACUGAUGGCGAUGGAGUUUGGGACCCACGGGAUCGACAAGGUCUUGUUAGUGUGUUUGUGCGAUUUGAGUUUCUGAUGUACGUUGAUGCCCAUGAGGCCUUGAAUGUGGAGCGGCUCACAGACCCACCCAGGGGCCAUUUGGUCUGGGGCUCACAGCCCACCCAGGUGGAGGACACCCUGUCUGGGGAGGAGGGCGAGGAGGAGGAAGAGGAGGAAGAAAAGAAAGAGGAGGAUGCAGUUCCAGCCCCGGCUCCUCAGGACCCUGUGGAACCUCAGCUGACAGAAGCCAGCCGGGUCCUGGGCGCCUCAGAGAUUAGGCAGCUCGGUCUCCACUUACCCCCAAGAGUCACUGGCCGCCCCUGGAGUCUGGUCUUCUGCACAUCAAAGGACGGCUUCAGUCUGCGGAGGCUGUACCGCCAGAUGGAGGGUCACAGUGGACCAGCCCUGCUGGUGUUGAGAGACCAGGAUGGGCAGAUGUUUGGUGCCUUCUCCUCCUCGGCUAUCCGGCUCAGCAAAGGCUUCUACGGUACUGGCGAGACAUUUCUCUUCUCCUUCGCCCCACAGCUAAAGGUCUUUAAGUGGACAGGAAGUAACUCUUUCUUCGUGAAGGGAGACCUGGACUCACUGAUGAUGGGCAGUGGAAGUGGCCAGUUUGGGCUGUGGCUGGAUGGAGACUUGUACCGUGGGGGAAGUUACCCCUGUGCCACCUUCAACAAUGAAGUGCUGGCCCGGCAGGAGCAAUUCUGCAUCGAGGAGCUGGAGGCCUGGGUUCUGAGCUGACACCUCCCCGGAUCAGGGAUGCUCAGGUCACUUUUGGAUGCUGCCCAGGUCUUGCUACACAGGGCAGCCAUUCUGCCUGACUCAGGAUGGUGAAGAACCCUCAUGUGGACUGUGGCUCUCAGCCAGCCUCCUAAUGGCCUGAAAACCCAGGGCAGGAACAGCAGAGCUGAUGUGAAGGUGUAAAAGAUGAAGAUCUUGCUGAAGAUGCACGACAUCUGUCUUUAUAGGAUUUGACAAUUCCUAGAGAACUCAGAAGACCAAAAAACAAACAAAAACAACAACAAAAAAAAUCAAAACAAAAUAACAACAAAAAGCUGCACUGCCACAUCUCCAUAUCCUUCCAAACAAGUCAGGUGUGUACACACGUGCACACACACGUGCACACACACAUUUCUAUUUUGUAUGUUUUAGAGAUUACUUUUACUUGAAGAAUGCUCUCAAGCCUCCGAAACCUGGGCUCAGCUACUGGAAACUAAUAAAGCGUAGAAGCAUUCAUCAUUUUACUCCUUGCCUUGCUGUCUCUCCUAGAAGCCAAUGGGUGGGGUUGGAUGCCACCAAUGGGUCAGGUGCCCACACAUCUGUUACUUGAUUUCAUGGGAGAGAGAGAAAAGCUACAAAUGAACAAUAUGUCUAUCUGGGCAAAGAAGCUGAACCUUUGCAGACCCCAGGGGCUCAAGGGAGGAAGGAGGUCAUUUUCAGGCACAAGAGCCUUGUGAACUAUGGUUCCACCAUCCAGUCCUAUGCAGGGAAACCUCCUGCUGGAAGGGAGCAAACUAUAUCUUGCUCUUUUUUUGUGAGGAAAAGUACUUGGGCCCUUGUCAAUACCACCGUGUGCAGACCCAACACAGUGGUAGGACACCAUGAAGUGUCUUUGCUAAGGAUGCCAGACCGGGCACACAGGUGCAAGGAGAUGGCAGUUGAGGAGCA